CGCAAAACCAGCAGGCGUUUGUGAAAAUGACGAAUUCUUCUGUGGACAGAUGCCAGUGGAAUCAUCCAAAAUAUCCUAUACACACGAAAAGCGUUCAGUGCCUGAUAUUAACGAAAUCAAGUCUUCUCAUGUUCAAGAGUUCAACGAUCCGAUGACGGCAACAACAACAACAGAGAAACAUUUAAUGUAUAAAGUGCAACAAAGUUUAUUAAAAUUUAAAUCGAUAAAACAAAAGACACGCAGAUCAUUUAUUCAAAAUGAUGAUUACGGUUACUGUAUUUCAAAACAAUUACAAUGUGAUAGUAUUGUACACUGUCAUAAUGCUAGAGAUGAAUUACCUAGUCUGAGGAUGAAUCCCACAGAUUUACCCGGUCAGCUAUUACGUGCACUUGUUGGUGCGCACCUUACACCAGCUGACUUAAAUAACGUUGGAUGUACAGUAUACAAGCUAAGCAGUAGUACAAUCAUACAAAGUUAUAAUAAUGAAAAGCACAAAGGGAUUCAAAUUUCAAACACUGACGAGUCACAAGGGGGAAGUAACAAAACUAAUUUAUCCCGUUUUAUUUCAAAUAAUCCAACAGCUUCAAGUACGCUAAUAAUUGGUUGUAUUGUUCUGUGUUCAUUUAUCAUUGUCGUUCUGGGAUGCUCAUGUUAUCAGUGCUGUUAUCGUAGAAAGUUAAGAACAAUACAAGGUUCCAACAAAUCAAUAAACUAUUGGUCGUCUUCUUCGUCUACGAAAGUAACUGGAAUUCAAUACUUUUCUGAAGAACAGAUUAAAACUAGUUUAAUUCAUGCAGAGAACAACACAGAGGAAAGUAAAGAAUCCCAGUUAAACAAAACAACAGAAAAAUAUAUGAUAGGUCGUAGUGCAACUGACGGCACUUUAAGUACUCUGGCUGAAUCAUAUCCAGUAUCCCAUAGGAAUGAAAAAGCUCACAUUAGUAACUUAGAUGUGAAUAGAUCUUCCAUCUACUUAGAAAGACGACCAACAAUUUCCCAGUCACUUAGCAGAACCUCUCUUCAAUCAAGCGACCAAAAUUACAGCAAUAAUAGUAACAAUAAUAAUAAUAGCAGCACGAAAAGUGUACAUUUUGUUGUUCCUAACGUACCAUCACAAAAUUCUAACCAAUUACAUUAUUAUUACAACGCACUUAAUAAUAUGCAACCAACAUAUUUCACCUCUAUGAAUCCACAGUCAUUUGAGUAUUGUGAAAUGGUUCCUCUCAUAAGCCAACAAAAUCAACAACAGAUCCAGAUAAAUUGGCAAACGAACUCUCAACAGUUUAUUGGCUAUCCAACAAUGGAUGAAGGUCAUAUACUUACAAAAAGUCCACAAGAGUUAUUCCAGAGGAGUUUUUACUCCAAUAUCAAAGAUUCCUAUUCAAGGAUGCUGAACAGUGAUAUGUUGCCACAUAUUUGGAGGUCCUCAUUUGGCAUCGAGGCAGAUUUACUACAUCAGACUAGCAAUGACUUCACAAACAUACCGUAUCCUUUGACCACAAGAUUCUCACCUUCACAACAGCAUUCGACAAGCUGUCAUCACUCCACUUCUCUGCAAAAUCCGCCGCCGCCACCACCACCUUAUCCAAAGGAGCACAAACUAAUGAAGCUACAUACUGUGUCGUGUGAAACACAAAAACACAGAGAUGAGUGUGAAGAUCAAGUAGAUCGUUGUAUGAGAUCGUCAACAACGUUGCUUUCGAAGCACCCUACUGAAAAAGAAGCAAACGUUAAUAUGAAUACCUACUUCACAAGGAAAACUGGCAAAAGGCAUGUUGGUAACCGACGGUAUUGUGGGAGAAAACACAAAGAACAUCGACUGACAGUUAGUAAUAAUGUAAACCACUUUUCAAACAAUGAAGCGAAAAAACUGACUAUGCUUAGCAUUUAUUCUGACAGUAGUGUACCAGAAUCAAGUAAUAAAUAUGUCGUUAAACAUUGGAAAUGUCAUCACAAUGGAAAUUUGAAGAUUCCAUGUAGCAUAACACAAGUUGGUGAUUCCGAUUCCCCUGCUACAACUGACACGGGCAUUACUCAUAGCAGUAGAAAUUCUAGAAGGCGCAUCAACAGGCAUUUGGCGCAUACACGGCGUAACCAACAAAUUAACCGUGUUCAUCGACAUAAAACAUGUCAUACCCAUUCGAGAAACCGAUCAACGAAAAAUAUCAACAACAAUAUUUCUUCAAGUGAUGCUCUAUGCGUGGCAGCUGACAAAGAAGUUGAGAAUGAAAAACAUAUCAUAAGUGGCGUUAAAAUUGUUGCUUUUUCAGCUAAAACUGAAAGAUGUAUGAUGUCACACAGCGGAUCGAACCCAUCAAACUUAUCUGCUAUAACCACAGAAAAUAUGGUGAACAGCAUGAAUCGGUCGUUUUCUUCAUCUGACCUACUCUACAUUAAACAUGGGGAAUAUAUUUAAAUCACUAAGCCAAACCUAUUGUUUUGCACACAAACAACAAAAUACGCUAUUCAGCAUUGAUUUUCAAGGGGUAUGCAUGUGCUCACAUAUCAUGAGCUGAGAGUUGCAAUCACAUCAGUCAGAAAGGCGAAUACUCAAAAGAUAAGUGUGAAGAAAAAGAUUUUGUGAGAAAUGUGUUGUUAUCUAAUAUUUCAAAUGUUAUGUACAUAAGAGGACUACCUCAUUAUAACUGAAUACUUCGAACUAUAAUUUAAUCACUCAAAAAAACUCAGGAAUUUUCUUGUGUUGCUUAAAAA